AUGGCGGCGUUAUUAAACUUCCUCCAGCGACGCUGUCAAGCGUCAGCGCAAUCGAACCUUCUUUUCAGACUCCUACACUCGCUCUCUGACGGCGAACCACAUGACCAGUCUCCGGCUCCGUUUGCCGGAAAGCCUUCCCUCCCACUCCUCCACCACUCCCCGGAGGCGGACACCCUCUGCCAACUCCUAAUCCGCCAUCACAACCCUUUCCACCACAUGGAAUCUUCCCUCCAGCUCCACGGAGUAUCCCUCUCCCCGCCUCUAGUCCACCAGACCCUCCUACGCCUCAGCCACCAUUCCAAAAUUGCCCUUGCCUUCUUCAAAUUCGCCCAAACCCACCACCACCAAACCUCCUCUUCCGCCGACGCCGCCUCUACUCCCCCUCCUCCCGUUCUCGAUACCGCCUCGUACAACAUCGUCAUAGACAUUCUGUGCAGAGUCCGCCAAUUCGACGCCGCGUGGCAGCUGAUUCUUCAGAUGGACAGCCACGAGAGCGCCGAUUCCAGGCCCGAUUUCACGACCUUCUUCGUCCUCAUCAGGCGCCUAAUUUCCGCUGGACUCACGAGGACCGCCGUCCGCGCGUUCUACGACAUGGGGAUUUUUCUCGGCGAAGGCUUAUUCGAGUCUCAAUUUAGCCUUUUCCUCUGCUAUCUCCUAGAUACACUCUGUAAGUACGGGUUCGUGAAGGUGGCUAUGGAGGUCUUUAACAAGGAGAAGUACAGAGCGGAUUUGGGCCCGAAACUCUACACGGUUUUGAUAUACGGGUGGUGCAAGGUGGGUAGAAUCGAGAUGGGAAGGAGGUUUCUGAACGAGAUGCUUGAGAGGGGAAUCGAGCCAAAUGCCAUCACGUACAAUGUCUUGUUAAAUGGGAUUUGCAGGCGAGCGAGCUUGCAUCCAGAGGGGAGGUUUGAAGGCGUGAUAAGAGAAGCAGAGAAGGUGUUUGACGAAAUGCGCCAGGCUGGGCUGGAGCCCGAUGUGACCAGCUACUCCAUCCUUCUCCACGUGUACAGCAGGGCCCACAAGCCCCAGCUUUGCCUGGACAAGCUGCAGAUGAUGAAAGAGGAAGGGAUUCACCCGAGCGUGGCCACCUAUACUUCGGUCAUCAAGUGUCUGUGCUCUAGUGGCAGAAUCGAGGAUGCCGAGGCCUUGCUAGACGAGAUGGUCGGCCAUGGCGUGAGCCCCACAUCAGCAACGUACAACUGUUUCUUCAAGGAGUACAGGGGCAGGAAGGAUAUAGAUGGUGCAGUAAGGUUUUACCGGAAGAUGAAGGAAGAUGGUUCCCUUGUCCGGCCUGACAUGCAUACGUACAAUAUAUUGCUGGGGAUGUUCUUGAAAUUGGAUAAGAUGGGCCUGACAUGGGAGGUCUGGGAGGACAUGGGUGCGAGUGGGUUGGGGCCGGAUUUGGAUGCGUACACGCUUAUGGUGCACGGGCUUUGCGGGAAGAGGAAAUGGAAGCAGGCGUGUGAGUUUUUCAUGGAGAUGGUGGAGAAGGGGUUCCUCCCACAGAAGAUCACUUUUGAGACUCUUUAUCGAGGGUUAAUUCAGGCAGAUAUGCUGAGGACGUGGAGGAGGUUGAAGAAGAAGCUCGAGGAGGAGUCAGUAUCUUUUGGUUCGGAAUUCAAAGAGUAUCACCUCAAGCCAUAUAAGAGAUGA